AUGGGAAAGAAGACAGUGGCGGAGUGCAAUGAUCUUUUUGAGAGUUUUGCCCACUCCGAUAUGGACUACAGUACUACCAGCAGGACUUCCAUUCCUGUGCGUACCACCUCGGCCGGUCGAGGGGUAAACCAAGUUAGCUUGGAUUCAUCGGUAGCUGCUGCAGUCGAGAGAGUGAAGGAGGAGCUGAGGCAAGAGAUGAGGCAGGAGUUGAGUGAGAUAAAGAAGAAAGUCGAUAUGUGUGAGGUUUGUCGAGGAGGACAUGAUACUAUAGAUUGUCCUACGAUCACUCUUGAGCAGGUAGAGUACAUAGCCGGUCAGUCUAGGGGUCCCACGAAUUCGUUCAAUAAUUCUAAUUCCAACUGGCGCGGUAGUGGUAAUUCGAGUGGUUAUCGUUCGUCUGGAAAUCCUCCUGGAUUUCCAUCUGGUCAGUAUCAGAGUAGAGGGCCCGGUAUUUACACGAAUUCUGGUUCAGGGCAGUUUAGUGGGUCAGGUUCGAGUGGUCAGUUUAUGAGUGGAGGACCGACUCAGGAGAGUCAGGGUAGUGGGAAGGCUCCUGAGGUUAGUACGAACAGGUUGGAGGAGAUGUUUGCCCAGAUGAUGACGCGGACCGAUGCGUUCAUGAAAAAUCAGGAGCAGACUAACAAAAAUAACGAGCUCCAGUUCAAGAAUCAGCAGGCCGCCCUCCUCGAUCUUCAGAGGACAGUAGGCGGGCUUGCUAAACAGUUGCAGGAGCACCCGCUGGGUCAGUUUUCGGGAAACACUUUCAUGAAUCCCGUAAAUCAGUCAGCGAAGGCGAUUACGACCCGUAGUGGGAAGAGUUUGGGAGAGGUUGUGAGAGAAAGAGAAGUUGAAGAAGUAGAGGAGGAGGUCGAUGAGGAGAUCGAGAUGGAGGCUCCAGGCAAGUUAAAGAUCAAUCUUCCGUUCAUCGAGGCGCUUCAGUCUAUGCCUAAAUACGCGAAAUUCCUCAAAGAUCUUUUGAAGCGUAAGGAGAGAAUCGGUGAGCUUUCGAAUAUUCCAUUGACAGGAGGUUGUUCCGCGGUAGUCUUGAAUAAGCUACCAGAGAAGUUGACCGACCCUAGCACAUUCACGAUUCCAUGUUUCUUUGGGGGGGCCGUUACCCCUGCUCACGCCUUAGCCGAGGGGCCAGCAUCAAUCUGA